CCAAUAGGGAUCUAUCUGUUCUUUUCUUCCUGAAAGGAAGAUGAACAGAAGCUAAAUCUAAAUGCAUAAACUCAAUUUUCAUCCAGUAACAAUGAAAUAAAUCAAACCAUGAAUGAACAUUUGUUGGGAUCAAAGCAAAGACCAAGUAUAUACACAAUACACAUCCCUAUUCUACAAUUUACAAGAAAUUCCGUUGCUCUUCUGAGGCAAAGGCCACUUCAAACAUUAUUGUCAUACCUGAGCCAUUAUAUCUGCUCUGCAACUUGCAAGAACUUUCUUUCCUAGCUGCCGAAGACCAGGACUAUUUUCGUGUUGACCAGCAAACAUUCUCCGAUUUCUCUCCCAGGAUGCACGAUAUGCAUGAGCUUCAAACCAACAUCCUUUCAAAAUACUUCGAUAAGAAACUACUGUUUUAGAUCAAAUACAUAUUAUCCAAACAUACACCUGAAUCUGCAUAGCUGCCUCCUUUGCCACUCCUAAAUUUGGGUAAUCUUCAUACUACAAAUCAGGCAAAAAGAAAGCGCUGUUUGUUCUUUUACCCUACCAAAGGGGAUGGUAAAAAUUGAUAGCUCCAUUUGGAUUUUAAAGGUCUGUUUUGAUGGAACUAUUUGAGAUUCUUAGUGGAUUUGCUUUACAUUGAGUGAUGUACUUCACACGACAUAUGACACUGCAUUAGACGGUGAAUUUCUGAUUUGUAUCCCCUUUUCCAUGUUCCAUACAACACCUAGCGUGGUGGGAUUUCUUCCAUAAGAUUUGCACUGUUUCCUGUUCUGAAGGUAACAUUCUGUGUGCUAGUUAAGGAUGAUAAGUGUGCAUACCAUUCGAAGUGCUGGUUGGGACACUGAGCGCCGCAGAGAAAUGUAAAAUUAUUACGUAUGAUAUGCGGCUGAGCUACUGCUACAAGGAAUCCAUGAUAAUGUAGACAUUAUACUCAACCCAACGUGAUCACCUCCAACAGCAACUUCUUAGUAAUUCUAGAUUUCUUGCGCUUCAGAUUACAUGAAAGUUAGAUUACAUGAAAGUUCAAUAUUCCAGGACCAUUUUUAUGUUGUUAAAGAAGCCAUUCCAAUCUUAUCCGUAACUUUUACCUUUAAAACUGUUAGCUUUUGAAAAUCUUGUGAGCAGAAUCUGUUAUGAAUGGUUAAAAGUAACUUGUAAGUUGUAUCUGUCUCUUAUGUUUCUCACUUGUGUUCCUUAAGCAUGAAAUCCCAAAUU